AUGGAUUACGUUAUUGAUUACAACGGCUACUAUACAGACAACAACGCACUAGGAACUUCGUAUGUAAUUAAAGAAUUUUGUAUCGUUCCUAUAAAAAACAAUCACGUUAUGAGACCAAUAUUUAACAUUGUAAAGCCGCUAAAUCACUUGUCUGAAUUAUCAGCGUCUUUUCUUGAGACUUAUCAAAAAUAUACCGAACCAGCUUACGGAAUCGACUGGUCUGCGGGGUACAUUUCGGCACAACAUGCUCGAGAGCUCAUUAUCGAAACCCUGGAAAAAUCCAACCGUAUUUACAUCCAAUACGAAAAAUCAAGGACAUAUUUAGAAAGAUUUACGGGAAAGUACUACGGUAAUAUGUUCAUCUUAGAGAACAUGAACUUUCAAAUGCCUACUAAGUUCUUUGCGAAAGCGUGUUCACACCACAAGAAUCGCGAAACGAAUCAUUGUUCAUUGAGGAAUGCUCUGGUCUGCACUCUUUGGUUGACCAACCAGACAUUGCUCAGUAGAAUUGUAAACCAAGGUCAAAAUCAGGGCCAAAUUGAAGCUCAGGUCCAAACGUCUGAAGCUCUUGAACAAGAAGAGAGAUCUUCAGCUCUCAAUCUGAAGAAUACUGACCAGCACAAAAAACUACGGAAGUCAUUGAAAUCAUCGGAAAAUAUAGUAACAGAGAAACCCCGAUCUUCGGAAAAACGUAAAAACGCUCGCAGUGAAAUGACUGGUGAAGAAUUUGAAGAUUUGGUGGAUUUAGUGAUAAAUGAUGUUGUAGAGAGCCCAGACUCUGAUAACUCGGUUAUGAGCGACUCUAAUGAUGAAGAUGAUGAUAUAUCUGACGAUAAAAUCAUGAGACAAUCUGAGAUGAUCGACGCGCUUAUUAACGACGAGGAGAUCUUCGGUCAGUUUAAUGAUGAUAUUGAUGCUAUUUUAAAAUCUCGGGGGGUUCACGAUAAACUAUAA